CUGAGUUAUUUGGGAAAUUACGGAGUGAAACCAGAAGAACCAAUACUACCGAGCUCUUCUAUAGAAGAUUGGUUAGAAAGUGGACCAAUGCAAAAAUUAACGACACAAAAGAAAGAUUUUUCAUGGAAGUGCAGUGAACCUGGACCAACAGGUUCAAAACCAGAGGAUAAUCUCGGCUUUUCGUCUCUACCUCUUGAAUCUUGCACCACGCAUAAAUUAUCAUACUAUCCCAAUGAUCUUCAAGGGUUGAUAAAAAGCAAAUCAUUCAAGCCCCCCACAGACAAUAGGUACCGGCCGCCUGAUGUUCCGUUCGAAGAAGCCACAACUAUGCGACUGAGUUAUCAGCCCGUGGAUUGCUUACCGCGCGAAAAACCGUGGGCUCAGAGGAUUGAGUAUCACCCACCGCUCACGCUUAUGGAAGACAAUACCAUUUACAACCAAAGUUACAUUCCUCCGGGUACUUUGGAGGCAUUGCCGUGUGACCAACCCUGUCCUCAAUUGCUGUCAGACAUGGGUCAAGAUACGUGUAAUGCAUAUCCACAAAGUUAUUGUAUAGCAGAAUGUUCGUCGUGA